GCUGCUGGCUCUUUUGCCUUUUCGUUGAAGACCGGCGCACGUAAUGGUGCUCUUGGCACUGCUGGUGUUGCUACCCCAGCUACGCCUGAUCGUGAUGGUCGAGGCUUUGCGUCUUCUGGGGGAUCGACUGGUGGGGAUGGCAAGAAGUAUGUCGACUACCGGGUCGAACCAGCACCGGCCUGGGGUGGUGAUGCGCCUGAACGUCAACCGUUGACUACGUUCCUUGCCAACAAGAAGGCAGCCUUUGCUGAGUUGCGAAAGCAGGGGCUUGACUUGUUAGGCACUCAAGCAGGCCGACACUUGCUGGGUCACUUGAUCCUCAAGCAGGGAUCUUUCAGCCAAGACCAGCGUCAGCGGCUGAAGGUUGUCACCAAUGGUAGCAUAGACUACAAAGAAGUUGAGAAGGCGAUUCAGAAGGUCUUUGGCGACAAACUGGAUGAUGUAUCCAUGGCUGACGGAAUGGGACCUCAGAGGCGAUGGCGCAGUGCCACCUACUGGGGUGAAGAUGAUGACUACCCGCCUGACGAGUGGGAUGAGAAUGAUGAGAUGGCGACAUACGCUGCUGGUGACUAUUUGAAUGACUAUGAGGAGACCAUUUUUGAUGAUCUUGUUUGCCUUGGUGAAACGGAUGAGAUGCAGCUUGUUUUCCAUCAGGAAUUACCAGUCAUCAUGGAUGAAUCUGAGGCUUUGGAAGCCGUUGGACACCAGUUUGAGGAGAUCUUCUUUGAGACCAGAGAUCGUUUGAAGGGCAAAGGCAAAGGCAAGAAAGGGAAAGGCCGUGGUCAUUCCCACGUGAAGACGUUUGGUUGCACAGGCAAGCCUAGUUUUGGUGGCGGCCGCGGUGGUGGCUAUUUGGAGCACAGAAGGAUGUUGCAGGCCAGUCGAAAUGGACGUGGCUUUGACCGACCUUGGCAGCAGCGUCAAGGCAGUCGGAUGUCUUUGGGUGAUCUCAAAUCCAGAUCACGAUGUCACAACUGCAAGCAGAUUGGACACUGGAGCAAAGAGUGCCCUUUGCGCUCCAAGCAGUCAGCACCUUCCACCGGUUCAUCAAAGGGGACAAUGAUGUCCCAGAGCAGUAGCGUUGGUUUUUUCUGUCAGCCGCCGAAAGAGGUCGCUGGACAGUUUCUCACCAAGAGCGUUCAGAGCUCUGAGUCCCAGCAAUAUGUGCCGCAGUCCUUCAUGUCAUUCAGCGUAUGUGGCAUGGAGGAAACCACCAAGAUAGCCUAUGUGCCCAUUGGCCUCAAUGGAAGAUCUGGAGUACUACGAGUACAAGUGUCCCCAAUUGGAGCGAACUUCCAAUUUCUCAUGCCAGCUCAGCCAUGGGUCCGGUGGCGGCGCUUGUUGCUGCGGCUUUGCGCCUCAGCUUUCCUGCAAGCGUGGCAAGUGAUGAUGUCAGUUGCUCGCCAGCCCCAAUUGCGAAGUGCUCGUCGCUUGCAACAUCGACGGGAACAAUUGGAGAAGGAAGCUUUGAACUUGGCUCAACAAGAACAACGGAUGAUUGCAGAGGCAGCUUCCUCGAGCUCUAUGGCGACCCCUGGCGAUCUGAAUGUGUCCCGCGACGAGGACCGGAAGAGGCCGAUGGCCAUGAUACAGGGCCGCGGCAAAUACUUGGUGCCUCAGUUGGAGAAGUCUCCUCAAUGUCCACACAAGAGCACCAAGCAUGGCGCAAACCGACUGGUGAGCUACAACAAGUGCACCGACUGUGGCCAGGAGCAGUCAAUGCCCCUGACUCCGGUGAGCGAUUUGAAUCACUGGAAUCACACGUUGGUCUAUCUGAAGCAGGACUUCAUCAAGCGACAGAUCAACAAGGAGAUCCAACGAAAGAGCGAGAAUCUUGGAGCCACAGCCAAGGCCUCAUCAAUGCCACGACCCACGGCAGCGAAGAGCCGUCCCAAAGCAGAAGUCAAAGUCGAGAUCGAGGAAGAUUGGCAUCGUCCCUUAUGGGAGGAGGAUGUCGCCAUGGAGAUGACAUACCAAGCUCACACACAGAGUUGCGACUUCUGCCAGAUGGGGGAGGUGACCCUUCAUCGCCAUGUGGACGACCACAAGUUGCUUUGGAAGUGCAACAAUCCCCAGUGCCGUCUACACCUGAUGCAGAUGGCGGGACAGUUGGUGGAAGCACAGGGUGUCAUGCUGUGCCCUCAAUGCCAAUCCAACGAACUCAUGCCAGUGACUGUGGGGGAGAAGCCAGACGAGACGGAAGUCCAAUGCAUGAACCAAGAUUGCGGCAUCUCCAUCCUGCUGUUCGAACUCCCGAUCGUGAUGACCCAAAGCGGUGAUGUGUCUUGGUGUGCCGUGGAGGUUAGCCAAGUACCUGGCGAUGACUACCAUUUUGGGAUCCCAGUGCACUAUAUGGUCUUGUAUGAGUUCUCUGCCGACUUUUUCAACUACAUGGCCGAGGCAGAGUUCGAAAAUGAGGUCACCCUUUCCAAAACAACCAAGGCUGAAAUCAAUGGCAGACUUGAUGAAAUGCUUGGUGACCUGACUGUGUACUGGAACUUGUGGCAAGAGGUGGAUGGUCAUGAUGACAUUGUGGAGAUCUGUGGUGGCCUUCAGGACUCCAAUGACGCCAUUGUGGAGCUCUACAGUCCACCACGAUUGGUGACGGAGGCCAGAAAAAGAGGACUCCAAGCUGAAUGGUCAGUUGACCUUGACACCGGGUAUGACCUCAGCAAACCUGAGGUGAAGCAACAAGUGCGAGAAGAGUUGUCACGCCGCAGGCCCAGAUUGCUGACAACCUCACCACCUUGCACAAAGUUCUCACCUUUGCAGAACAUACGUGCUCACCCAGAGCUCUUGGCGGAGGAAUUGAUUCCUGCGACUGAGCACAUGGACUUCACCAUGGAGAUGCAUGAAGAUCAGUUGGAACGGGGAGACCUUAGUCUGCAUGAACACCCCGAUACAGCAACCUCUUGGAACCUCGGAAGCGUGCAACGUUUCCUCAGUCAUGAUGAGGUGCUACUGAUCAAAUCUCACUUGUGCCGUUUUGGCCUCAACUUCAACGGCAAGCUCAGCCGCAAGUCAACCUUGUUUGCAACUACAUGUGAUGCAAUUGGUGUGUGUUUGCAGAAGCUUUGCAACUGCACCGAAGGCCAUCAGCAUUUGAUUCAAGGUCUUCCACGUCAAGCACAAGUCUAUCCACCAGCCCUUGUCAAGGCGAUCAUUGAUGGACUCAUCCAAGAUUGGGUAGAUUCACAACAAGGUCGUCCCAAGCACAUGCCUGAUUUGGGUGACUUGGAACAAUGGAUCGAUGAACUUGGCCGCAACAAGUGGCAAUGGCGGCAGUUUCAUGAUAGUGCUGUUUUGGUUGUCUGCAAGCCUGACCAGAUUCCAUCGUGUGGACCUGGCCAUAGAAAUGUGAGAUGGACCUGGGUUAGGAAUCCUUGGGAUGGAAAGUGGAUCCAAUUUGAACAAGCCAGAACUGGAAAGCCAUCCAAAUUUGAGAUCAACUAUCAGCACAUGAUUGUUCUUUUUCACCAUGGAGAAUUUUCUUUGACGUUUGCGGAGGGUUCACCAAGUUCAGUCACAACUGCAGAGAAGAGUAUGGUUUUGCGAGCACAUGUGAAUUUGGGCCAUCCACCUGUCAAGGAGUUCGUGCGUUUGCUCAAAGCUGCAGGAACCAGACUGGACGUGAUUCAGUAUGUCUUGCGCGAGUUUUCAUGUGAAGGCUGCUUGAAGGAGCAGCGACAGCCGACACGUUUACCGGCAGCGACACCUCGUACCUACGACUUCAACAUUGUCGUGGGCGUUGACCUUCUUUUUGUUUAUGGUGCGAGUCCUCAGGAAGAACAUCCGGUGCUGAAUGUGACAUGCGUUGGAACCCUUUACAGCACCUUCACCAUGGUGCAUCCAACGAGACGUGGUUCCGCACUGGUGUGGUCUGCUUUCCUCAAGAGCUGGUUGAGGACUUUUGGCAGUCCAAGUUUUCUUAUCAUGGAUCAAGGCCUGGAAUUUCAAGGCGAAUUCAUUGAAGGUUUGGAAUCACAUGGAAUUCAGCCCAUACUGAUUGACCGGGAUGCACCAUACCAGAAUGGGGUGACUGAGAGAAGAGGUGGCCUUUUCAAGGAAGUCUAUUACAAGACUCGUGAGCUUCGCCAACCAGCCAAUGUGAGCGAAGUCCAAGACAUGAUUCACGAAGUUGCAUGGGCACUGCAGACGUUGACAAACCGAAGUGGUUAUUCUCCAGCUCAGAGAGUUUUUGGCCGACAGCCAGCUCUCAACAUGGAGCACUUGAAUGACAGUGGCGAGUUUGAGUUUUCUCAGACCCAAGAUGCUGCAUGGAAGCGAUCAGAAGAGAUCAGACAAGCAGCUCGAAAGGCACUUGUGGAGGUGGAUGGCAAGGAGCGUUUGAACAGGGCUUUGCGAGCCCGACCACGUCGUGCCAGAGAAGACUGCUAG